CCCACUGCACAAGCUGAGUCGGCUGCACAAAACCGAGCACUUCGGUUGGCCCUGGGCAUUGUCCUGGGCCCCACUGAGCUCUGUGGGUUCUGCGCAGCCUCGGGCUGAGCUGUGGAUCCACCUGUACGGGGAAGGAUUCCUUAUCUUGGUUCUGAGGCUGCUUUCUUGAAUAAGAAAAUGAUUAAGCUUGACUUAAGAUCCGUGAGUGGGAAUCUUAGCAGCAGCCCAGCUAAUAUGUUCUAAUAUUCAAUAGGCUACAGGCUGUGAAGCAUUGUUGGCAGCACACUCUGGAACUAAAGGCACAGAGCUAAAGGUUAGAGACUGUCAUCAACACACCAAGUCAGCAAAACAAAAAGCUGGCCAGCUUUCAAGGUCUGGGGAAAGAUAUCCACUGCCUAUUGGAUCUUGAGCUCUAGAGAACCAGGCUUUGCUAAAAGAAGCAUUACCUUACCCACCACCAGCUCAAUGGAGUCUGCGACAGCCCUGGCAGACCUGCAAACAGAGGCUAGCUGUCCCAUCUGUCUGGACUACUUCAAAGACCCAGUGACCAUCAGCUGUGGGCAUAACUUCUGUCGCCCCUGCAUCAGUGUGUCCUGGAAGGAUCUCAUUAAUAGUUUCCCCUGCCCUGUUUGCCACUUCUGCUCUCCAGAAAGGAAAUUCAUAAGCAAUGAACAACUGGGUAAUUUGUCUGAGACUGCUAAGCUACUCCAGGUAAGAAGAAGCAAGAGGAAGCGGCAGGAAGAAAAUCUCGUAUGUGAGAAGCACAAUCUGAUUGUGACCUUUUUCUGUGAAAAUGACCUGGAGGUUUUAUGUCUGCAGUGCAAUUCCUCCACUGCCCACGAGCAACACCGUGUUUGGUCCAUAGAAAAGGCUGUACGCUUUCAUAGGAAAAAUUUGGAGAGUUACAUCAAAUCAUGGAAGGAGAGUGUGGAACUAUUUGAAAAAAUGUUAACUAUGCAAACCAGAAAAUCAUUGGAACUGAAAAAAAAGGUAAAACACAGGAGAGAAGAAGUAAAUUCUGAAUUUGAGCAACUUAGGUUGUUUCUCCAAAAUCAGCAGGAGACUGUUCUUAGGCAAUUACACGAUGAAGAGAUGGAUGUUUUAGCAAAACUAAAGGAAAACCUAACAAAAUUUUCAGAUCAUGCCUCUUUAUUAAAACAUCUAUUGAAGCAGACAGAGCGCAAGUAUGUGAAGUCAGAACUGGAAUUACUGGCAGAUAUUAAGAGUAUCUAUCACAGAUAUAAUAACCUAAAAUGCCCUGAACCUUUUUCAUUCAGAUUAAAAGAAUAUGGUUACUGUCUUCCUCCACAAUAUUCUGGCCUUAACAAAAUUAUAAAGCAAUUUCAAGUAGAUGUAAUUCUAGAUCCUGAAACAGCACAUCGUAAACUUUUUGUCUCAGAAGAUAGAAAAACUGUGCGAUAUGGAAAUACAAUGCAAAACUUACCUCAUAACCCAGGAAGAUUUUAUCUCUGCCCAGCUGUUCUGGGUUCUAAUGCAUAUCGGUGUGGCAGGCAGUACUGGGAAGUAGAAGUGAAAGACAAGCCUGAAUGGGUUAUGGGUGUCUGUGAUGACUCUCUUCCCAGAAGAAAGAAGAGUCAGAAUCAACCAAUGCUAGUAAAGAAUGGAUUAUGGGGAAUUGGACGAUGCAAUCAGAGUAAUUAUAUUGCAUUGGGUCCUAAGAAAGCUGAUUUUCUGCCAAAAGUAAUGCCUAGUAAGAUUGGCAUUUUUUUAGACUUUGAAAUGAGUGAGAUUUCCUUUUACAAUAUGAGUGAUAGAUCUCUUCUGUAUACUUUCAAUGACAAUUUCGCAGGAAGACUUUGGCCUUAUUUCUAUACUGGAACUGACUCAAAACCUCUUAAAAUAUGUACAGUAAGAGAUUCUGAAUGAUGAACUAUUGAAAGACUCUCAUUUCUUUUUCUUUCAGUUGACAUAACUAAGCUAGUAAAUCUAGUCUUGACAAUUUUUUUUUUUUUUUCAGUUUCCUCCCCACCCAGCACGGUAUUUAUCUCAGUUUCAGCAACUUCUAAAAAAUGUGAUGAUUAGUGCCUACUUUGUAGAUAAAUCAUGGGGUACAAUUGGAAGGUGCAUUAGAAAUUCUAAGAUUAAAUACUUGAAAAAUGUAUUAAGAAAAUUUAUUACUCUAGUAAUUAUAAAUAAAAACCUGAUAACCUUC